AUGUCCCAAUGGUGGGACCUUCCCGAAGAAAUCGUCGAGGCGAUAUUGAAGCAUGUGUCAUUUCGAGACUACGUAUCCAUCACACAAACGAGCCGGAAGGUAAAAGAAACAAUAGACAACCGCCGUUUUUAUGAAGUGGUAUUGGCAUCAAACUUCGCUCAGAGAAUAGAUAAUUUUGAAUGGUCCUUUAGUGAAACUGAUAAAAUUCUCUCGAAAGAACAAUUAUGGAAGUUAUGCUGUGAAAUUGAGACUUUUCUUGACUGGGUUCAAGAGUCUAAUGUCGGAGACCUUAUCUCAUCACAAGAUAAAGAAAUAUGUCUCCGGAGAAAGAUCCACAAACUCACUGCAAAAGACGAGUAUAUGAUACCAAUCAUGAUUGUUUAUGAUUCUACAGUUGCAGACUUUAUGGAAUGUGUAAGAGAAGGAAACACAAUGCAACCCCAGUCGCGUGUUUCUUGGGCCCAGCUCUUGAUGCAUCUACAAAAUUUUCGAAAAGCUGUUGCAUAUUUCCAAGAGGCGAAAACAAAUAGCACUACUAUCAUUGAAAGGACAUUUUUCGAAGUCUCUCGAGCAGAUUUCAACUUUCCCCUACUAGUGAGGAAUCGCUCUAAACAAUUGUAUCGCAUGCGCAAGCAAAUCAGCGCACAAUUGCCGAUUUCGAAAGGAACUUUGGGAUUUCCAGAUUGGUCAUCCUUUAUUAAGUUUCUUCAUCACAUAAUUCAACAAAUCAUGCGCUUGCUUCCAAAGCCCAAGAAACAACAUCCCGCAUUGAAUAUACUCCGGGCAUACAAUGGAGAUGGAGUCGGCAGUAAAGAGAUGAUUGCAGCAAUGGUUGCUAAAAUAUUAACAGAAGCUGUCUUUGGGAAAGUGAGAAUUAAAGUAGGUAAUUAUUUCCCAGAUCUUACAGUGAGAGCUUCUGCAGUUGUUGUUUGGGUAGGUUCUAUUGAAGUUAGGUUGGCAAGUCGUCCAAGCGAAAUCCAAAUUAUUGCUCGCAGAGUAAACCCCGUUCUGCUUCGAAAUCCCUUGGCACCAUUAACACCCCGUCGUGUACUAGACCUUAUGGUCUUACCUGACCAGUCUCCUACAGUUUCACUUUUGCAGAACUUUCAUUUUCCUUGGAGUCCCUCGGCCACGCGAUGGAAAUUCUUCAUUCAAGUUUUCAAAGCUGCGAUUUCAAAUGAAUCUAUCUUUUCUACGAUCAAGGAUGCAGAUGAUAUGCUUUCAUACUUCUACUCCUCUAGCCUUUCCGAAAAUGAUAGGAGAACAAUUACUACAGUCACUUCAAUACUUCGAAAUCAUUUAGCAGUUGAAAAUUCUAACAAAGAAGACACUUGCGUUAAAAAUAUAAGUGAGAAAUUUGGGAAUGGCUUACUUGUUAUCAACAGAAACAUGGAAUAUAUUGGUUCUAUAAUUCUGUUUGACCGUGAAAGUGGAUCAUACUGUGUGUGUCCCCACGAUUUUACGCGGAUUUGUUUCGCCCAAGAGGCCAGUAUUUAUCCUGUGGACACAUCUGAUUUGGAACAAACAAAAAAACUUUUAUGCUGGCUUUUCCAGAGUGAAGGGUUUGUUUUCAUCGGAGCCUGCCUAUAUCCUUACAUGCUUCACGAAGACAAGAACAUACGUAUGGUUUCUAGCUCCCACAACUAA